AGAACAAUGAAAAAGAAAGUUAGGUAAGAAAAAUUAUAAUUUAAUUUAUGAUAUUUUAUAAUCAUUCAUAAUCAUGAAUAGUUUGGCGUCUCGGAAGAAAAAUAAUAAAAAUAUUGAUCAUGGUCUGCUUCGACGAUAUGAUCAAAAAUCGACAGUUUCUGAUUUGGUAUAUAGAUACUUAAAAAAUAUUGCAUACACUGAUAGCGUUCGAAAACAGCGUAAUAAUGCAUGCAAUAGAUUUCGAAGAAAAAACUCAAGAAGAAGAAAUAUUCAUCCUUUGCACAAAUAUGUAAAUACAGAUUGUAAUAACAUAAGAUCUUACAUAAGUAAAGCACUUUGUUUCGCGAUACAUUCUGGUUAUUUAAUUCCCACCGAUCGAACUGGAAGAUUUUUACAACUUUCUCCA